GAUUAUCUUGAACACAUUACGUCCAUUGGCCCCAGGACUACAGGAAGUCCAGAAAAUGAAAUUCUGACGGUGCGCUACCUUUUGGAACAGAUUAAACUGAUUGAAGCGCAACGCAACAGCCUUCAUCAGAUUUCAGUGGAUGUUCAACGGCCCACAGGUUCUUUUAGCAUUGACUUCUUGGGAGGCUUUACAAGCUACUAUGAUAACAUCACCAACGUUGUGGUAAAGCUGGAACCCAGGGAUGGAGCCCAGCAUGCUGUCCUGGCCAACUGCCAUUUUGACUCAGUGGCAAACUCACCAGGUGCCAGUGAUGAUGCAGUUAGCUGCUCAGUGAUGCUUGAAGUCCUUCGCGUCUUGUCCACGUCUUCAGAAGCCUUACAUCAUGCUGUCAUAUUUCUCUUUAAUGGUGCUGAGGAAAAUGUAUUGCAAGCCAGUCAUGGUUUCAUUACUCAGCACCCUUGGGCCGGCUUGAUUCGUGCAUUUAUUAACCUGGAAGCAGCAGGUGUGGGAGGGAAAGAACUAGUAUUCCAAACAGGUCCUGAAAAUCCUUGGCUGGUUCAAGCUUAUGUUUCAGCAGCUAAACACCCUUUUGCUUCUGUGGUGGCUCAGGAGGUUUUUCAGAGUGGAAUCAUUCCUUCAGAUACAGACUUUCGUGUCUACAGAGAUUUUGGAAACAUUCCAGGAAUAGACUUAGCUUUUAUUGAGAACGGAUACAUUUAUCACACCAAGUAUGAUACAGCGGACAGAAUUCUGACAGAUUCCAUUCAGAGAGCAGGUGACAACAUUUUAGCUGUUCUUAAAUACCUAGCUACAUCGGAUAUGCUGGCUGCUGCUUCUAAGUAUCGACAUGGAAACAUGGUCUUCUUUGACGUGCUGGGCCUGUUCGUCAUUGCCUACCCAUCUCGUAUUGGCUCGAUAAUAAACUGCAUGGUGGUAAUGGCUGUCGUUUUGUACCUGGGCAAAAAGUUGUUGCAGCCUAGACAUAAGACUGACAACUACACGAAGGACUUCUUGUGCGGACUUGGCAUCACUCUGAUGAGCUGGUUCACUAGCCUCGUCACUGUUCUCAUUAUAGCAGUGUUCAUCUCUCUUAUUGGACAGUCUCUCUCAUGGUAUAACCACUUCUAUGUCUCCGUUUGUCUGUAUGGAACUGCAGCUGUAGCCAAAAUAAUAUUUAUACAUACCCUUGCAAAAAGAUUUUAUUACGUGAAUGCCAGUGACCAGUAUCUGGGAGAAGUAUUUUUUGACAUCUCGCUCUUUGUCCAUUGUGGUUUUCUUGUAACCCUCACUUACCAAGGACUUUGCUCGGCAUUUAUUAGUGCUAUCUGGGUAGCGUUUCCAUUGCUCACAAAACUUUGUGUGCAUAAGGACCUUAAGCAGCAUGGUGCCCAAGGAAAAUUUAUUGCCUUUUACCUUUUGGGGAUGUUUAUCCCUUACCUUUAUGCAUUGUACCUCAUCUGGGCGGUUUUUGAAAUGUUUACCCCUAUUCUCGGGAGAAGUGGCUCAGAAAUCCCCCCUGAUGUUGUGUUGGCAUCCAUUUUGGCUGGGUGUACGAUGAUUCUCUCUUCCUAUUUUAUUAACUUCAUCUACCUUGCCAAAAGCACCAAAAAAACCAUGCUGAUGUUAACUUUGGUGUGUGCAGUUACAUUCCUUCUUGUCUGCAGUGGAACUUUUUUCCCAUACAGCUCCAAUCCUGCAAAUCCGAAGCCAAAGAGAGUGUUUCUUCAGCAUAUGACUAGAACAUUUCAUGACUUGGAUGGAAACGUAGUGAAACGGGACUCUGGAAUAUGGAUCAAUGGGUUUGAUUAUACUGGGAUGUCUCACGUAACACCUCACAUUCCUGAGAUCAAUGACACCAUCCGAGCUCACUGUGAGGAGAGUGCACCCCUCUGUGGUUUCCCUUGGUACCUUCCAGUGCACUUUCUGAUCAGGAAAAACUGGUAUCUUCCUGCACCAGAAGUUUCUCCAACAAACCCUGCCCAUUUUCGACUUAUAUCCAAAGAACAGACACCUUGGGAUUCUGUGAAGUUGACCUUUGAAGCAACAGGACCAAGCCAUAUGUCAUUCUACGUCCGAGCCCACAAAGGAUCAACGCUCUCUCAGUGGUCUCUUGGCAAUGGCACCCCAGUCACCAGCAGAGGAGGGGACUACUUUGUGUUUUACUCCCACGGACUCCAGGCCUCUGCGUGGCAGUUCUGGAUCGAGGUGCAGGUCUCAGAGGAGCGUCCUGACGCCGGAGGGAUGGUCACGGUGGCCAUUGCGGCCCACUACCUGUCUGGGGAAGACAAGAGGUCCUCCCGCCUGGACGCGCUGAAGGAGAAGUUCCCAGACUGGACGUUUCCCUCGGCGUGGGUGUGCACCUACAACCUCUUUGUGUUUUAAUCUUGCGCACAAGCGCUAGACGCUACCCCGUGGACGCUCCACGUGACAGUUCUCCCUCUGUCGUGGGGCGUCUGUAAUGUCGGUCAGUGAGUUUUAACGAGCAAACGUUCAAAGAGCUUUUGGGGCCACCCCUCUUCAGGGCCAAGCACUGUAAGGGUCAAGCUGGGGGACGGCGCCGCAUGCCUUCGGACACUUGAAACGCCAGUUUUCUGGCCCUCAGGCGCGUGUGGGCAUUGCCACUACACUGCUGUCAGCUCCUGUGACCUCGAGGACAAAAGCCAACA